AACAAAGAAAAGGCUUCCGUUGCUCAGGAUGAAGCUUUUCUAGUAUCAGCAGAAAAAUUUAUUACCUUUGGUGCAGGAAACGGCUCACAGAAGGAAAAGUGGUGUCUUGAUAGUGGAUGCACUUCGCAUCUACGUAAGGAAGAAAAUAUUUUCAUAAAUUUCGAAAAUACUACACCUAAAACUACACCUCGCUAGUGAUGCAUCUACUGACGUGAGAGCGAAAGACAAACUUUAUGUCCGUCGCAAAGAUAACGGAUACAGAUCACGAAGUCACUUUUAAGAAGAUAAUUGCUAUUGUGAAAAAUGAAAACGGAAACGUGAAAAUGGUCGCCGACAGGAUGGGAGGUUUGUACUACAUAAAAGAAAUAAAUAAAGAAGGAACAUGCAUGGCAUCAAAUGAUCUUCGGAAAACGCAAGAAAUGAUUUGGCAUGAACGAAUAGGUCAUUUGAAUCAACACGAUCUUUUUCAAAUGAAGAAAAACGAAGUCACAACUGGAAUGACGUGGACAAAUGAAUCUUUUAUUCCACCAUGCGAAAUUUUCCUGCAGGCAAACUACAUCAGGAACCGAUGUCCUACAAAAACACUUGACGGAAGAACCGCAUUCGAUAAAUGGACAGAAAAUCUCCCGGACCUAAGACACUUACGAAUCUUUGGAGAAAAGGCAGUAGUCAUUGACAAAAAUAUCUCGAGAGGAAAAUUGGAUCCUCCUGAAAUUGAAAUCGAACCUGAUCUCACGGAAAACCAAGAACCAGAACAACAAAUUCCUUACAUGGAAGAAAAUGAACAUUUUCUUGAAGAAGAGAGACCCAUCUUUCCUGAAGAUUUACUCGAAGAAGAACAUAUAGAAGAGAGACAGAAUCGAUUAGAAGAAGAGGGACUCCUUGAAGCGGAAGGAAAUCUGAGAAGCGGUCCAGGAAGACCAAAAAUCCUUAGGACUGGAAACAAAGGACGUCCUACGAAGCAGUACUCUAUGAUACAACCUCAAGAAGAAAUACCAAAUAUAGGAGACGAAAUGGAAAGCGAACAAGAAAAUUGUGUUCUCAUGAACAUCUUUGAAGAUUAA